AAUCUUCUCUCCAUUUACCGGCACCGAAGGAUGUGAUGGUUUAUUCCUAUAACUUCCAUAGUUCACUGAGGUGGUCUCCUGUUAAAGUGGAUAGAGGCUUGGUGUUAUAUACAGUCCAUUUCAAAACAGAGGCCCUUAAGCAGUGGGAUGAGAUGAACUGCACCCGCAUCGCCCAGACUGAAUGCCCUUUCCCCUGGUCGCUGAAGGAGCGCCGCUGGACUCUGGUUUUGCGCGUGAGGGCUGAGCGAGGGCAAGUGACUUCUGACUGGGUGGAAACAGACCCGUUUGUGGCAGAGAGAAACACUACUAUAGGCCCCCCUAAAUUGAACAGUGUGACUGCAAGGUCUGACUCACUUCUCAUUAGCGUCACACCCCCUUUUGCAUCAGAAGCAGGUGACUUUCUUCAGUAUCACGUGUCCUACUGGGAGAAUGCAACAACUACUACUAAGAAAGAGACACAAACAAGCAAUACACUAUUCAAAAUCGGAGAUCUAAAGGAAAUGACACUUUAUUGUUUUAGUAUUCAAGUAGAAUUGAUGACACAUUCACAUCCCCACUUACUUGGACUUCAAAGUGCCCCGGAGUGUCACACAACUAUAAUCAGUGAGGCAACCAGAGCUGGAUAUAUUAUACUAGUAUUUCUGUUGGUGUUACUUCUUGUAGCAGUGGGUUUGAGUCUUCUGUGGAGACACCACAAAACAAUUAAAUACUGGUUUCAGCCACCUUUAGAGAUCCCAUCACACUUUGAAGAGUAUUUGAAGGACCCCAACAUGCCUGUUUUGGAGGUGUUGGACAAUUAUGCUGAGGAUGAUCCUCAUGAUUCCUUAUCUGUUGUAUUGUGUGGAGAAGGAAGCCAAGCCUGUGGCAGCAGUUUGGAUGGUCAGGCUCAUUCACACAGCAUCUCUGGUGAGAGUGAAGUAACUUAA